CACUGAACAGUCCGCUGCUCCCGGCCACGUAUUCCCUGCACCGCGCGGCGAAGCAAUGGCGACCACGGCGCCGCUGCUCUCGCACCAGCGCGCCCGCCCUGGCCGCCACCUCCGCCUCCUCCCGACCCCGCCUCUCGCCUUUCCACUCCACGCGCCGGCGAGGCUGCGGCCGCUGCUGCGCCUCCGCCGCGCGCCGCCCCCGUGUGGGGCCAAGUUCGGCAAGUUCGACGCCUCCGACGCCCCAGCGGAGGCCGAGGCGGCGGAAGCUGUGGCGGACGCGGAGGUGGCGCAGGCGCAGCCGGCGGCGGAGGAGGACAGCUGCUUGCCGUCGGAUUUGGAGGGCGCGAUUCGGCAGUCGGGGAAGGCGAGCGCCGAUUUCGUCAAUUCAGGAGGCCUGCGAGCUAUCGCAGAGCUGCUGAUCCCUCAGUUGGAAUUCCUCAACGAGGAAGGAGCACAAGCUGAGCUCUGGGCGUUAUCGAAAAUUUUCCUGGACACACUUGUACAAGAGACAGGACAGAAAGUUACUGCCAUUUUUCCCGAUGCUGGAGCAGCUGCCCUUCUCAAGUAUCAGUGGAAAGAUGCAGAAUUCAAGUGUGCCAGCUUAAGUGACAGGAAGCCAGUUGGUCCUGAGGAUGAGGUUGCUGUUAUGAUUAUUCCUGAUCAUCAGAUGCUGGAAUCUGUUGAGCGCAUCGCAUCUCAACUCUCGGAUGAUCCUAUAAGACCCCUUGUCAUGUGGAACCCACGACUUGUUAGUGGAGAUGUUGGAGUAGGCUUUAAUGUUCGGAAUUUACGCAGAAAUUUCUUAAGUACUUUUACCACUGUUUACUCAAUGAGGCCAUUGCCAACUGGUGCAGUCUUUAGAUGCUAUCCUGGAAAGUGGAAAGUAUUUUAUGAUGAUCCAAGCAGACCAAAUAGGUAUUUGCUUGCCAGAGAACUCACAAGUAAACCUGAUGCCACAGAUAUUGAGAGGAUAUUUGGAGGUGCCGACGAGCAAUCUGAGGAGUCACCGUCGUUGAUGAACAAUGUCAUGGGCGUGUUUAGUUCCGUGAGCCGGUUUAUGAGGGUCAUCUCCAGGUGAAAAUGGACAUUUGAAGUCGCUGAUAAUCACGGUGAUGGUUUAUUCUUGAAUCUUGAGUUAUUAUGCCAGACGAUAGUUUUGUUGCAUCCCUGCUGUUUUCAGUCUGCAACACCAUGGGUACUGCUGUUUGGAGCUAUAGCCAGUAUGGUUUGGCAUUUCAGCGCAGCUAUCAAAUUUCUGCCCAACUCCGAUGUAUAUGUAACUGUAACUGUGUACCCAGAAAAAUCUCUGUAGAUAAUUCCUUAACCUGGAAGCAGUGGAGAUUCGAAUUGCAAUUCACUAUUGGGUUCAUGUGUCAUAAACAGCACACAUUCUGCUAAAGUGCUAACUCAGGAAAGGAAAGGCUGGACGAACAUAAAUUCAAUUCUCUGUUUUACA